AUGUCUGCAUUCGAAUCGACUCUUCUCCUUGCGGUCACUCUCGCUGUGGCGAAUUGUGGACUCAUCAAGUUGCCCACCGUGACAUCUGGAGUAAAUUUUGAGCAAUCUUGGUGCCACUGGAGCCCUCAACGCUGGAUCGUCCGCCAAGCAAACGGAAAUGUUGAUCUUCAAGCAGCCGCACAUAUUAUGGCCGAACUUUCGGGACAUGUCGUUGGAAACGUGGAUAGCCAAGCUGCUGCAACAAUCGUCGCCAAUGUCGUUGCCUCGUUCUCUGCAGAAGCUCACGCUAGUUUCGAUGCCACAGCUUCAAUUGUCGCUGAUGUAUCGGCUCAACUUUCUGCUGAAGCUCAAGGAAGUGCUGAUGCUAACCUUCAAGCAGCCGCUUCGAUCGUCGCUGAACUUGCUGCUCAGCUUUCCGCACAAGCUCACGGAAGCCUCGAACCAUCUUCUCAAUUGACUGCCGAUAUUUCAGCUGCCAUUUCUGCCAAGCUAAAUGAAAAUGCAGAAAUCAAUGCAAAUGCAGAUGCCAAUGCUAUCAACUCCCUUAUUGCCGAGUUUUCCGCUAACAUUGCCGCUAAAAUUGAAGCAUCCGGAACUGCUAACGCUGAAGCUGCUAUUUCAGCUUGUACUUCCUUCGCUGCCAAAAUUUCUGCCCAGAUUGAUGCUCCGGCAGGCAUCACCGCCGAAGCAGCUGCUACCCUUGCUUCUGAAUUUGCUGCUAACCUUGCCGCACAAGCAAGUGUAGAGGUGUCUACUUCAUUCGCUGCCGAGUUUGCUGCUGAUAUUGGUGCCGAAGUAUCUGGACAAGCUGAAGAGAAUCAUGGGGACAAUGGAAAAAAUUGA